AUGCCCCCUCCAAAACCCAUCCGCGAAGGCCACCCGAACUCGCAGUCCAUGACCAACCUCGAAGCUAGCAGGGUUGAGUUCAUACAAAGCAGUGGCUCUCGUCGGAUUCCAGCCCCGUUGGUAUUGGCCCAAGUUGCAUCUCCGUACGUCAACCGUUCUCAAUCCACUCAAUCUGCCCCAUGGACACCCGCACCAACUACGUCGGAUGUGCACAACCGUCAGAGCCGUUCCAACUCUGAGUGUAGUGUGUAUUCUACCUCUUCAUCACUGGCAUCGCCGCACCAUCAAUCGGACAGGUUUCAAUAUGAAGAGAUGAUGAAACGUUUUUUCACGGUCAAUCCCGAAGAGAGCUCGCUGGCCUACGCGGCCAGAGGUGCAAUCGCUCAUGGUGUUGUUCGAAAUGGUGAGAAUAUGUUUGCCAGAAAGUGUGAGGAGGAGGGUUGGCGUGUGUCGAACCGGAACGGGAGUGAUAGUUCAAGGACUUUGGGAAGGUCUGAGGAGGAGAAGAACUAG